CGCCAUCACCACACGCCGCCCUCACCUGCUGCCCGCGCUGCUCCCGCAUACUCUCCACUCCCACAAUGGCUCUGCGACAGGCCGUCGCCCGGCCAUUGGGCGCCGCCGUGCGUUCGGCGGGCUGCUCUCGAAGCGCUGUGCGCGCCUUUGCAUCGACAGCGCUGCGGGCGAAGGAGGUCGCUGCAGAGAGCUCUGAGACGCCCAACAUGCGAUUUGCUCCCCGCGACCCGCAGGGCAAGCUCAAGGCGGCCAUCGUGAACCCGGCCGACAAAUACCAAGAGAAGGGCGAGGCACUGCACAAAUACGGCCAGUAUCUCAUGUCGUGUCUGCCAAAAUACAUCCAGCAGUUCUCCGUCUGGAAGGACGAGUUGACCAUCUACAUUCCUCCCUCCGGCGUCAUUCCCGUCUUCACCUUCCUCAAGUACCACACCGCCGCCGAGUACACGCAGGUGUCAGACAUCACGGCCGUCGAUUACCCCACCAAGGACCAGCGCUUCGAGGUGGUAUACAACAUGCUGAGCAUCCGGCACAAUUCGCGCUUGAGGAUCAAGACGUAUGCGGAUGAGGCAACACCGGUGCCCAGCAUUUGCGAUCUCUACGAUGGUGCAAACUGGUAUGAGAGGGAGGUUUAUGACUUGUUUGGUGUAUUCUUCGUCGGACACCCGGAUCUGAGGCGCAUCAUGACUGACUACGGUUUCGAUGGCCACCCGCUGCGGAAGGACUUCCCGAUGACCGGUUAUACUGAAAUCCGAUACGAUGAGGAGAAGAAGAGGAUUGUCGUGGAGCCACUUGAGAUGACUCAGGCCUUCAGGAACUUCCGGGGAGGUUCGACCGUCUGGGAACCGGUAGGACCGGGUGACGACAGAAAGCCAUCACAGUUCAAGCUGCCCACACCGAAACCCGAGCCGCCAAAGGAGGGCGAGCAGAAGAAAUAG